AUGGACAUUGCGUCGCGGGUGGUCUCAGCUAUGUCACGGGUGGCCAACGAGACACCUGAGAGGACGAAAACUGCAAAAGUAGGAAUGGUGGUCGACGUAUCCGAUGCAAAGUUUAUCGGAGGACUCAUUCCGUCACUAGUGGAGAAACAGCUCUAUCCAUAUUCACGGCCAGAGUUCCUUUACUUUUCUGAAGACGAGAUUAUGUUGUCAGCUGAUCAGUGCGUUCGUCCUGUUCUCUGUCCAAAAUACCCCUCAAAAAUGCCUCUAUACGCUGGCUACGCAGAGGUUAUCAAUGCAGGUAAAACAGUCCAAAAUGAGGAUCAAGCAUCAGCGAGGAUGUUGACGUUGGUCCAGCAGGGACAUGAUGCUGAAGAAGCAAAGGAACUUGAACACUGCCAAACACCGUCAACAGUCGUCAAAGCUUCAUCAAAUGACGACGACGAACUUGUGUCUCCGAGUGGUGGUAGCACGGUGAGUACUGUAUUUGAUCGGACUGCUGGUUUCCGAGUAUUCUAA